AUCCCUAAAUUCCCCCCUGAAGCCCCUAAUUUUCCCCCUAAAAAUAAUCACCUCAGCACACUAUUACUCCCUCAGCUCUGCGCGAAAUCCUAAAGCAAUGCCUCCCAAAGUAGCUAAAUCCCUAGAAACAACGAACUCGCCUUCAACCUUCUUCUUCAAACCAGGUCCCCCUCUCUCUCUUGCUCUCUCUUUGCUUUUUUGCCUGAUUUUUUUUUCUUAGAUGAGUCCCUGGAUGGUUGGAGUCUUAUUGUUUCAACAAGGCAAGUGGGUGUUCCAAAUCCAUCAUUGAAGCUGGAAAUACAUAUUUCCAAGAUUUUAGGCAGUUUUUCUUGGUUGUUUUAUGGGCUUAAAUCGAAGCCGUUUAAGAUCUUCUGCUCCGUUUCACUCCAAGCCUUUGUUUCGUAGACAUCUUCAAUCCAUGAAGAUGCUGAUUUAAUUAUGUUGGCCUUGGCCACUCAUGAAGUUCACUUUUCAAUCCUUCCAGAGGUUCAUAUAUUUUACUUUGCAAAAUUAGAACUUGUUAUUUGCUUCAUCUUUGCAGUUCUUGAACAUAUGGACCCUUAGGGAGUAUCUGGAAUAUGAGAUGAGAAUCCCCAAUCCUCCUUUUGAAAUUGACUUGGAACGCGUUGUGGAUGAUUUUAUAUUCAUAUGCUUCUUUGUUGGCAAUGAUUUCUUACCUCAUAUGCCUACACUCGAGAUUCGUGAGGAUGCAAUCAACUUGUUAAUGGUAGUAUACAAGAAGGAAUUUAGAUCAUUUGGUGGUUAUUUGACUGAUGGAAGCAAGCCUAAUUUGAGCAGGGUAGAGAAUUUUAUCCAAGCUGUAGGGUCCUAUGAAGAUAAAAUAUUCAACAAAAAAGCACAGUUGCAUCAGACUUUCAGCAACAUGAUCCCAAAAUUGUCAAGCAAAUUAGCCAAAUGCGGGUGAAUCACCUUGGACUAAAUUUGACCAAAGAUGAUCUGCAAAACGUGGUUGAUUUAAUGGAGCCAUAUGGUCAGAUAAGCAAUGGAAUAGAAUAUCUAAAUCCUCCCCUUGAUGUCAGUAACUAACUUGCUUGUCAUUUUAAAUAUGCAAGUCAAUUGCUAUUAAUAAUUUUCUGUUGGAUUCUUUUUGGACUAAAAAAUAAUUUCUGGGGAUAGUCUAAGAAUCUUAAAUUUUAUAGAAAGCCAAUAAAGUGCUUGCUGGACGAAAUGUGGUGAUUAAUUGAAUUGCAAGGUCAUACAUGCUGUUAAUUUUUUAAGAGCUGAUAAAUGAGUAUGACAUAGUGCUCAUAAAUGUUCUAAGGAUGUCUUUAGAUGAAUGAAAUUGUUUGAUAGUUUGAAGUUAUAAAUCUUUGUAUUGAUUUUUCUCAACAA